AUGUCGGCGUUGAAUCAAAUCGAUUUUCACAAUCCACUCUAUCUUCAUCCGAGUGAUACUCCUGGUGCAAUGAUUGUCUUUCAACAAUUAACAGGAUUUGAGAAUUAUUCACAUUGGAGCAAAGCAAUGAUAGUUGCGCUCACAGCCAAGAACAAGAUUGGCUUCAUCAAUGGAUCUUGUACCAAAUCCACUUUUGAUUCAUCUCUACACAGUCUUUGGGAGAGAGUAAAUGCUAUCGUACUAUCAUGGAUCUUUAAUUCAGUGUCUAAAGAAAUUUUUGGGGGAGUUGUUUAUGAGACAAAUGGAAGUAUUGUUUGGGCAGAUCUCAAAGAACGAUUCGAUAAGGUCAAUGGAACGAGGAUAUAUGCUAUACACAAAGAAAUAGCUUCUGUUAAUCAAGGGAUCGAAGAAGUAUCAGGAUCGAAGAAGUAUCAAGCCCUUCAAGAACAACAAAAGCUUCUUCAGUUCUUAAUGGGUCUCAAUGAGACUCUCAAUGUGUGUCGGAGUACAAUAUUGAUGAUGAAUCCGUUGACCACAGUAAAUCAAGCCUAUUCGAUAGUCACUCAAGAUGAAUCACAAAGAGAAAUUGUCUCUAGACAAUCCAACAAUGAAGUUACUACUGCAUUAGUUUCUACAAAUAAUGCAAAUAAAGGGGGAAAUUACAAGGGCAAAAAGCCUUUGAUAAUCUGUGAGUAUUGCAAUAAUCCAGGUCACAAGAAGGACAAUUGUUGGAACCUUCAUGGAUAUCCGGAAGGACAUAAGUUCUACAAACCAAAAGGACAAAGUAGAACCAAAGGGAACAAGACCGCAAAUUCAGCUUCCGCAAACAUCUUAGCAUCCUCCACUAGCAAUUCUCAAGGGCAAAUUGACCUCUCGAGUGGAGUGUUGAAGGGGAUUGCUAAGGUCAAGCAUGGUCUUUAUCAACUUGAAUCUUUUCUUGAUGAAAUUUGUAAUCUUGCACAAAUAAGUGAUUUUCAUACUACUUCAAAUGGUUCUGUUUUCGAUUCUGAUUGUAAUGAUGAUGUCAUUUUUUACGAGUCUACAUUCCCAUUUGCAUUAUCUUCAUCUAACAAUCAGUGCCGAAUUCCAGAAUCGUUUGCUAUGGAUAUUGAUACACCACUUUAUCUUGUACCUCAUACACAUGAUCAUCACCUCAUUGAUGCACCACUGAAUAAUACUUCUUCUCCACAUACCACACAACCUGCACCACCAAAUAUUCCACCACCAGUUUCUGAAUCAUCAACCUCUAUAUCUAACCAUAUUGUUCCUGUUCCCACAUUAACACCAGCAGUACCAUCAUUCCCCUCUAGACAUUCUACUCGAGUGUCCAAGCCGUCAAUUUGGUCCAAGGACUAUAUAUGUCCUACUAUCAAGUCAAGCACAUCUUCUUGUUCCAUUAAAUAUCCUAUAUCCAAUUAUGUUUCUUAUGGUAAUAUUUCUCCAACAUAUUUGGCUUUUAUUUCUUCCUUUUCUUCUUUGGUUGAACCUACUUCAUUCUCUAAAGCUUCUAAAGAUCCAUUGUGGAUAGAAGCUAUGAAAUGUGAGAUUCAAGCUUUAAAAAACAAUAAUACUUGGUCGGUGGUAGAUUUGCCUAAGAAUCACAAGCCAAUUGGGUAUAAAUGGGGAGAUCUCUAUGAGGAUGUUUACAUGAAAAUGCCUCCUGGUUUUAAUUCUAAAGAUGAGGCACAUAAGGUUUGCAAGUUACAAAAGUCUUUAUAUGGCUUGAAACAAGCCUCUUGGCAGUGGAACUUGAAAUUUAGUGGUGCUUUGAUUGAAGGGGGUUUUCAACAAUCCAAAUAUGACUAUUCUCUUUUUAUCAAAAAGAAUAAUGGUCUACUAACAGUUUUGCUUCUAUAUGUAGAUGAUAUAUUGUUGACAGGAGAUGACUUGGCUGGCAUUGAGCACACAAAGUGCAAGUAUGCUUUGGAAUUGAUCUCUGAAGCUGGUUUGAGUUCUGCCAAACCAUCCAGCAUACCUAUGGAACAAAACACAAAGUUGACUAGUUUUGCAUAUGACAACAGUGAUCAACAGCAAGUAGAUCCACUCCUUGAUGAGCCUGAUCUCCUUAGUCAGCAUAUGCACAAACCCAGAAGAUCACACCUUGCUGCUGCAAUGAAGGUAAUCCGAUGUAUCAAAUUGAAUCCUGGCUCUGGUUUAUUGUUUCCUUCUUCUAGUAAAUUAGAGUUAAGGGCCUUUUGUGAUAGUGAUUGGGCUUCAUGCUUAAUGAGUAGAAGAUCUACAAUAGGAUUUUGUGUUUUUUGGGGUAAUUCUUUGAUAUCCUGGAAAUCUAAAAAGCAGAAGACUGUGUCCAAGUCUUCUACUGAAGCAGAAUAUCGAUCCAUGGCAGCAUUAUCCUGUGAGCUUACAUGGAUUAUUGGUUUAUUUAGAGAUUUGGGUGUUGAUUCAUUAACUACUGCCAAUAUGUAUUGCGAUAACAUUGUUGCUAUUCAUCUCUCGGCUAAUCCUGUGUUCCAUGAGCGCACGAAACAUAUCGAGAUUGAUUGUCACAUUACAAGAGAACGGAUCUUAGAAGGUCUCAUCCAAAUUCAUCAUCUCUCCACAACUGAGCAGGUUGCUGACUUGCUAACCAAACCUUUUAGUCAAAAACAACAUGACUACUUACUUGGCAAUUUGGGCAUGAUUAAUUUGUAUCAUGUACCAACCUGA